UUAAACAAACAACAAAAAUCAAUCUUGUUCCUUUCACUGCUCUGCUGCUCAAGCAUCGAAGAGGGGACAUUAGAGAACAAAAUCACAAAUCAAUUCAUCUACACAGAAUGCAAAAUACAUCAUCUAAUGAUACCCAGUGCGCUUCAGAAGAUAUAUUAAAGGCUAACUCUGAUGAUAUUGGAUGGGAUUAUUGUGAAUUAGUAGAUCCUAGAAAUAAUCGGAAGGUGAAAUGUAAAUUGUGUAACAAAAUAGUUACUGGAGGAGUGUUUCGUCUAAAGCAGCAUGUAGCUCGAAUUAAAGGUAAUGUGUCAUCUUGUAAAAAGUCUACUCCGAUAGAUCAACUAAAGUGCAAACAGGCGCUGGAGGAGGUUAAACGAAGCAAAGAUAAAAAGAGAAAGGCACUUGAAGAAAAUAGAAUGGAGGUUAAUAUCAUUGAGAAUAAAGAGGCUGAUUGUGUUGAGAUUGAUGGUGUUAGCAGGAAAGCACGAACAGUUGGUCCGAUUGAUCAAUUUGCAAGAGCAAUAUCUUCAUCUGAAAAAAAGAGACAACAAAAUAUUAAUGAAACAUUGUUCAAGAGCAGGACAAAUGAGGUGCAUACUUAUAUGGCUCGUUGGGUACAUGAAUCUGGAGUUUCAUUUAGUUCGAUCAAUAAUGAUAGUUUUCGUAGAUUUGUUGAAGCUGUUGGCCAAUUUGGUCCUGGAUAUAAACCUGCAACUCAGUACCAAUUGAGAGAGCCUUUAGCUGGUAUCAAAAUCCAAAAGGGAUUUUAAUUAUUUUUGCUAGUGCUCUGAAUAGAAACAGAGAGCCUGAUGUUAAAGUUAACAUUGCUUCAGUUGUAACUUGUAAUUAUUUUGAAUGUAGAUUUACUGGGACAAUGCCUUUUAUUGUAUGUCUAGGAAUGCAAGUGUAUUAUGGAAGUUGAUUAAGAGAA